AUGAUGGCGGCAGCGGCUACGGCGGCGGCCCGAAUGCGGACGGAGACGCUGCGAGUCCCGGCGCCGUGGCGGGUGCCAUGGCUGCCGCUGUUACUGUUGCUGGUGGCGGUGGUGACGGCGGCAGAGCAGCAGGUGCCGCUGGUGCUGUGGUCGAGUGACCGGGACUUGUGGGCUCCCGCGGCCGACACUCACGAGGGCCACAUCACCAGCGACAUGCAGCUGUCUACCUACUUAGACCCCGCCCUGGAACUGGGCCCCCGGAAUGUGCUGUUGUUCCUGCAGGACAAGCUGAGCGUCGAGGACUUCACGGCACAUGGCGGUGUGUUUGGAAACAAGCAGGACAGCGCCUUCUCUAACCUGGAGAAUGCCCUGGACCUGGCCCCUUCCUCACUGGUGCUCCCCGCCGUGGACUGGUACGCAGUCAGCACUCUGACCACCUACCUUCAGGAGAAGCUUGGGGCCAGCCCCCUGCACGUGGACCUGGCCACCCUGCGGGAGCUGAAGCUCAAUGCCAGCCUCCCCGCCCUGCUGCUCAUCCGCCUACCCUACACGACCAGCUCUGGUCUGAUGGCACCCAGGGAAGUCCUCACAGGCAAUGAUGAGGUCAUCGGGCAGGUGCUAAGCACCCUCCAGUCUGAGGAUGUCCCGUAUACGGCAGCCCUCACGGCUGUCCGCCCUUCCAGGGUGGCCCGUGAUGUAGCCAUGGUGGCUGGGGGACUAGGUCGCCAGCUGCUACAAAAACAGCCAGUGUCCACUGUGAUCCACCCCCCUGUAAGUUACAAUACCACUGUCCCCCGGAUCCUGUUCUGGGCUCAGAACUUCUCUGUGGCCUACAAGGACCAGUGGGAAGACCUGACACCCCUCACCUUCGGGGUACAGGAGCUCAACCUGACUGGUUCCUUCUGGAGUGACUCCAUUGCCUGGCUCUCAUUGACCUACGACCAUCUCUUUGGGACCACGGUGACAUUCAAGUUCGUUCUGGCUAACCGCUUCUACCCAGUGUCUGCCCGGCACUGGUUUACCAUGGAGCGCCUGGAAAUCCACGGCAACGGCUCCGUCGUCUACUUCAACGCCUCCCAGGUCACGGGGCCCAGCAUCUACUCCUUCCACUGCGAGUAUGUCAGCAGUCUGGCCCAGGACGGCAGCCUCCUGGUGGCCCGCACGCAGCCCUCCCUGUGGCAGAUGACUCUGCACGACUUCCAGAUUCAGGCUUUCAACGUGAGCGGUGAGCAGUUCUCCUACGCCAGCGACUGUGCCGGCUUCUUCUCUCCGGGCAUCUGGAUGGGGCUGCUCACCUCCCUUUUCAUGCUCUUCAUCUUCACCUACGGCCUGCACAUGAUCCUCAGCCUCAAGACCAUGGAUCGCUUUGAUGACCACAAGGGCCCUGCCAUCUCUCUGACCCAGAUCGUGUGA